AUGACUUCAGCUCAAGGAGUCAAAGUCAUACUUUGUGGUGAGUCUACUGUUGGAAAGACAACACUUCUGAAAGCUAUAACCGGUCAGAAUGUGAAUGAACCCAUUUCUCCAACAAUGGCAGCUGCAUUUACAAUAUUAACACUGAAAAAUCCUCAAAAUGGCGAGAAAAUUGUCUUCAAUAUAUGGGAUACUGCUGGACAAGAAGCAUAUCGAUCACUUAUUAAAGUUUAUUUUAGAACCGUACAGAUUGCACUCAUAGUCUUUGAUGUUACAAAUAGCGAAACAUUCGAAAAGAUUGACCAAUGGAUAAAUGAUAUAAAUAGUAACGCAGGAACUGAAAAAUACAAGUGUAUUAUAGUUGCCAAUAAAUUAGAUCGUGAGAGCGAGCGAACUGUUACGAAGGAAGAAUUAUCACAGAAAGGUUUUCUACAUGGUACACGAUUUGUUGAAGUUUCUGCUAUGACAGGUGAAAAUAUAAACGAUUUAAAGAAUUUACUCAUAGAGAUGCAUAAUAAUCCUAUGGCUACACGUCCUCGUCUAAAAAGUAUAUACAGAAAAGAACCAAUUCCUGUUGAUCCACAGGAUGAUGAAUUAUUGCCAGAGAACCAUUAUAGUACGGUUAUUUUAACUGAAGGAAAGAAAAAACACAAUUGUUGUAAGUAG